AUGAGCAAAAGCGACAAAAAAGCUGAUCCUUUCAAAUCUUUCAUAGCUGGUGGGACGGCCGGUGCCGUUGAAGGGGUGAUCACUUAUCCAUUCGAAUUUGCUAAGACCAGAUUACAAUUGGCCGAUCGUGCUUCUAAAGCUUCCCGUAACCCAUUAGUACUUAUCUAUAACGUGGCUAAAACUCAAGGGGUUUCUUCUCUUUAUAUAGGGUGUCCAGCUUUUGUUGUGGGUAAUACAGUCAAGGCUUCAGUUAGAUUCCUUGGAUUUGAUUCCAUCAAAGGUUUACUUGCUGAUAAAAAUGGUAAAUUAUCUGGACCAAGAGGGGUCCUUGCUGGUUUGGGUGCUGGUUUAUUAGAAAGUGUUGUUGCAGUCACUCCAUUCGAAGCAAUUAAAACUGCAUUGAUUGAUGAUAAACAAACUCCAAAACCAAAAUACCAAAAUGGAUUGAUUCUGGGAUCUUUUAGAUUAGUUAAAGACUUGGGAUUUAAAGGUAUUUACGCUGGUGUAUUACCAGUUUCAAUGAGACAGGCUGCUAAUCAAGCAGUAAGAUUGGGUUCUUAUAAUGCCAUCAAAACUAUGAUACAGCAGGCUUCGGGGACCAAACCGAAUGAACCUUUAAGUAGUGCUGCCACUUUUGCAGUUGGUGCUUUUGCCGGUACUGUGACAGUUUAUGCCACCAUGCCAAUUGAUACAGUUAAAACUAGAAUGCAAGCUUUGGGUGCGGAUAAAAUAUACUCUUCAACUUUCAACUGUUUUGUAAAGAUUUUUAAAGACGAAGGUUUGUUGGUAUUCUGGAAAGGUGCAACCCCAAGAUUGGGUAGAUUGGUCUUAAGUGGUGGUAUAGUUUUCACCAUUUAUGAAAAAAUGAUGGUUUUGUUAGGUUGA